GGAGCUGGGAGCGGGUGACCGGCGGCGGGGAAGCGGCCUGGGUUGGCCCUCCGAUUGCGGGGUCCUGGGGGCAUCUCGCCGGGUACCCCCCUGGCCCGCCUACAAGGCCUUCCCCGGCCAGAGCAAUGGCCGCCGAGAACAGCAAGCAGUUUUGGAAGAGGAGCGCCAAGCUGCCGGGAAGGUCUUAUCUACAUCUUUUCCCUGGAAGCACCCACACCCCUGGACUGGAUGAGGUGCUUCAACAGGUGUCCUAAUCUUAGCAGAGACUGAGGGAAGGCAGAAGAAGCACUGAAAGAGCAGUAGACUUAAGAGUCAAGAAAUCUGCAGUUCUGCAAUGUGAUUUGGGAUGUUCAUGGGGCCAGCAACUCCCUACUUCCAAAAGCACAAGAUAGAAAAGCCCACCUUCAGUGCCCCCCACACCAUCUACUCCUACCUAUCAGUCAUGCCUGCUGUGAGUGACAAAGAGAAAUAUCCACUGAUCAUCCAGCCUGUGUAUGGAGCACAACACCCUCCUCUGGACCCUCGACUCACCAAAAACUUCAUCAAAGAACGGUCCAAAGUCAACGCAGUUCCUUUGAAGAGUAAGAAGGCCUCCAGUUUCCAUGAGUUUGCCCGGAAUACCAGUGAUGCUUGGGACAUUGGUGAUGAUGAGGAAGAGGACUUUUCCUCCCCUUCUUUCCAAACUCUAAACUCAAAAGUUGCUCUGGCAACCGCAGCCCAAGUCCUGGAAAACCACAGCAAGCUGAGGGUGAAACCAGAACGCUCCCAGUCAACAACAUCUGAUGUUCCUGCCAGCUACAAGGUCAUAAAGUCCAGCAGUGACGCUCAGCUGUCCAGAAAUUCCAGUGAUACAUGCCUGAGGAACCCGCUCCACAAACAGCAGUCACUCCCUCUCCGACCCAUCAUCCCCCUGGUUGCCCGCAUCUCGGACCAGAAUGCGUCCGGGGCGCCCCCGAUGACUGUCCGGGAGAAAACCCGCCUAGAAAAAUUCCGUCAGCUUCUCUCCAGCCACAACACUGACUUAGAUGAACUGAGGAAGUGUAGCUGGCCAGGGGUUCCCAGGGAGGUUCGACCUGUAACCUGGAGACUCCUGUCGGGCUAUCUUCCAGCAAACACCGAGAGGAGGAAGUUGACCCUGCAGCGGAAGCGGGAGGAAUAUUUUGGCUUCAUUGAGCAGUAUUAUGACUCUCGAAAUGAGGAACAUCACCAGGAUACCUACCGACAGAUUCACAUUGACAUUCCAAGGACAAACCCGCUCAUUCCGUUGUUCCAGCAGCCACUUGUACAGGAGAUCUUCGAAAGAAUUCUAUUUAUCUGGGCCAUCCGACACCCUGCCAGUGGGUAUGUCCAGGGAAUUAAUGACCUGGUCACCCCGUUCUUUGUCGUCUUCCUCUCAGAAUAUGUGGACAGGGGGCUGCUGCCUAGGACAGGGUGGAGCAGCUGUGGUCACUCAAGGAAAUGGCGCUGUCCUCCCGUACUGCUGGCCCGGCCCUGGAGAGUGGGCUGGCGGAGCCUGUGGGUCAGGUUGUCUGUGGUGGUGGGAGUUGGAGAAGAGGAUGUGGAGAACUUUGAUGUGACCAAUUUGUCUCAGGACAUGCUUCGAAGCAUUGAAGCUGACAGCUUUUGGUGCAUGAGCAAGCUGCUAGAUGGGAUCCAGGAUAACUACACCUUUGCACAACCAGGGAUCCAGAAGAAGGUCAAGGCGCUGGAAGAGCUUGUUAGCCGGAUUGAUGAGCAGGUACAUAAUCACUUCAGGAGGUACGAGGUCGAAUACCUACAGUUUGCCUUUCGUUGGAUGAACAACCUGCUCAUGCGGGAGCUUCCCCUUCGCUGCACCAUCCGCCUAUGGGACACAUACCAGUCUGAACCAGAAGGGUUCUCCCACUUUCAUCUCUACGUGUGUGCAGCCUUCUUGAUCAAGUGGAGAAAAGAGAUCUUGGAUGAGGAGGACUUUCAGGGUCUCCUGAUGCUGCUACAAAACCUACCUACGAUACACUGGGGCAACGAAGAGAUCGGGCUGCUUCUUGCCGAGGCGUACAGACUGAAGUACAUGUUUGCCGAUGCCCCUAAUCACUACCGUCGAUAGGUGCUGUCUUCCCAGGGGGACCCAGACUGUCCCCAUCUCUGAUGGCAAUCUGAUCACUGUGGCCACUGUGCGAGCCGUGGACUCCGGCCAGGAACCACUCCUGCUGUAAAAAGCUCACAUCCGCCGCCCAGGUCUUAACUCUUUGGCGUGCCUGUCCACCACUCCAUGUCUCCGGAUGUGUUUCUCGGACCACUAUCAGUAUUCCAUGACAUGUGGAUGGGCCCGGCUCUGGGAGAGGACAGGAAAGGAGGUACAGGGUUGUCUGCCCCUUUCAAAGAAACUGGACAAAAGAAGGGGAAGGCUCAGGGUCUCAACUCACAUUGUCCCUACAUGGACUGACUGUCUCUCACCUCCCGGCCCCAACUGAUGCCGUUGCUUUUUGUGACAUAGUUUGAUUUGAUCACAGGUCAAAAAACGCCUUAUGUUUUCAGAAGACUCCUGGCCCUUCCUCCCCCCAGUUCCUAGCCCUUCCCCUUCUGCCCUGGUCUGAGCCAGUGAGGGGCAGCUGGAGACUGUUGUUCUCAGAUGGAGGAGGUACUGAUGCUUAUAACUCUGGGAAGAGGCCUACACCCAAGGGCUAGGAAUUUUAUUUUUCCUUUUCUCACCCAAUGUCUGUAUGUGCGCCCGCGUUUGUGUGUGUGUGUGUGUGGGUAUACACACCCGUCAGCAUUUAGUUAUGUGUCUGAAUUUAUGUGUCCAGACUAGCCCCGUCACCACCAGCUGGGAAGGGCCCCGGUGACCCAAGUAUACAGGCGUCCCUUGAGAAGGAUCAGGGCAGGGGAGGGAGAAGGGGCUUUAUACCUCUCCAACCCCUUUUCCCAUGAUGACCCACUCCAAGAUAUUAUGUGUAAAUUGUGUUAUUAUGUAUAUGGGUAAAGAUGUACAAAUAUAUGUCCUCUUUGUAGCAGAUAUGAUUUUAUAUUUAUAAUGUGCAUCAACGUGUGCAAGCAAUCUCGGUCACUAGCUCAGAUGAAGUUGCCAGGCAGGGGGUCUGGCAUCUCCAGGUUGGCUUCUGGGCGCCCUCCUGUGAGGGGGAGGAUGGGAGUCUGCCAGAGUGAGUGUCGCCGAGCAAAUGGACCUGCUUUGACAACUGGUGGCAGCUGUCCCAGCAUCAGUGUCUCCGAGUUCUUCUCUCUUCCCUCCCCGCCCCUCCCCACCCCGCCCGGGCUCUUUGUGGAGCAUCUGCCCCACUCCUUCCCCGUGGUGGGCAGACAGAGCCCCCCACCUCUCACCCCCAGAGGCAGAAGCCCUCCUGCAUGUUUUCAGCCCCUCCCUUUCCCCAGGAGGCUGGGGGAGAGCUUUUGUUUUUCCGUUUAAGUCAGCAUCGUAUUCAAGCCAGAAGCUGUGACUGGCUCAUCAGUGCCAAGGAAAGGGGUUUUCUGUGUCUCCCUGGGAUUUGGCGCUCUUCUCAGAGGUAUCCAGUGUCCCCCACUGUCACCACCAUACCCCACACAGCUCAUGAGAUGGGUGACAUGCUGGAUUUGGGGGGUUCCAUAGCGGAGGGGCGGGGGGAUGGUGGCGAGCAGCUGCCCUUCUCCCGGGAAGCCGGUCAGUGUCCCCGGUGGGUGACGCCCUUGAGUUUCUGCUGGCGAAGCUCCGCCGCGCCGUUCCAUUUCUCAUCUGGAGCUGUUUCUCAGGCAUUCUUCCUAACCCCCUCCUCUUCCCCUUCAGUGUGCCUCAGUAGUCUCCUUCACAGAGCGAGAGGGCUGUGACCCUCCCCUCAACCGGACUAAUUAAAGAAAGACACUUGUGUUCCCAAGUGGUGGUUUUAUUUUUUUAGUUUUUAUGUUUGUAUGGAAAUUGUGGAUAAAGUGAAAGAGUUGUAAAUAAAUAGUGUAUUUCCUCCUCCA